UCAGAAUUUUCUAGGGUUUCAACUUCUCAGUAACUAAUUUCAAUUCCGAUCAAAGAGAUCAAUCAAUGGCUUCGCUCUGCUCCGACGUUACCAUGAUUCCCGCCGGUGAAUCCUCCUCCUGCGCCGUUCCUUCAUCUUCUUCCAAGAAAGCAAAACGCUUCGAUAUCAAGAAGUGGAGUGCCGUCGCUCUCUGGUCUUGGGAUAUCGUUGUUGAUAACUGCGCAAUCUGUAGAAACCACAUCAUGGAUCUGUGCAUUGAAUGUCAAGCUAAUCAAGCUAGUGCCACUAGCGGGGAAUGCACUGUUGCUUGGGGGAUUUGCAACCACGCUUUUCACUUCCACUGUAUCAGCAGAUGGCUCCAGAAGCAACAAAAGUGUCCACUUGAUAGCAGCGAGUGGGAUUUCCAGAAAUAUGGUCACUAAAGCUACACACCGCAUCAUUGGAUUCCUUCGAUUACCGUAAAUGAUUCUAAGACUCUCAGUUUUCUCUUAAAUUCGUCUCAACCAGUUGUGGCUCUUCUCUUAGGAUGUCUUUGACGCAGAUUAAACAAUUGUGUGCUUAAUCAAAACCUUUGUUGUAA